AAUAUAACAUAAAAUAUUUUCUUCUCUUCUGCUUACAUUCGUGGAAGCAGUCACAGAGAAGGAUGGAUAGAUAAAUAAAUAAAUAAAUAAAUAAAUAAAUCCCUCCCUUUCAAGACUCGGAAUCAACAACUACCGACCCAUAUUUGAUCCUUCACCGCCCGCUGCAACCAUCCUCAACGGCAUAUCUCCGGUGAUUCCUGCCAUUUUUUAGUAUUCAGCACCUGUUUUAGCUGGUUACAGUAUGUGGAAUGGAGUUCAGUACAUGGGUGAAAGUUCUACCUCAUCCUCUUGGAGCAGUCAUCCGGAUACUGAGGAUGACCAGAUGAUUGCUGUUGUGUUAUCAGAGGAAUAUUCCAUGUUAGAUGGUGCUGUUGCUAGGCGUCUUUCUGGUCUUGCACCUGUUCCUCAUGUCCCACAAAUAAACACUUAUAUUCCCAGCAUAAGUGAUGCAAGUUUGGAUCAUCAACGUCUUCUACAAAGGCUCCAAGUUUAUGGUCUAUGUGAAGUGAAGGUCACUGGUGAUGGGAACUGUCAGUUUCGUGCACUUUCAGAUCAGAUGUACAGGUCCCCUGAGUAUCACAAACAUAUAAGGAAAGAUAUUGUUAAACAGCUUAAAGACAACUGUAACUUGUAUGAAGAAUAUGUUCCAAUGAAGUACAAGAAAUAUUGCAAGAAAAUGGCGAAAUCUGGAGAAUGGGGGGAUCAUGUUACAUUACAAGCAGCUGCUGACAAGUUUGCAGUAAAAAUAUGCCUUUUGACAUCAUUCAGAGAUACUUGCUUUAUUGAAAUUAUGCCACAAGGCCAGGCUCCUAAACAUGGAUUGUGGUUGAGUUUCUGGUCCGAGGUGCACUACAACUCCCUAUAUGCGAUCCAAGGUGCCCCUGUUCCGAAGCCGAAGAAGAAACAUUGGUUGUUUUAACGAGCAAAAUGUUGGGGAGGUGAUUCCAUUCUGUGUUGCUGAAAAAUUAGUACCAUGUACACUGCUAAAUAUAUAUUCUUUUUAACAGAUGAUACUAACAAGGCAUUUUUUUGGUCUUUAUUACUGUA